CCUCCAGCUGCAGAAUAUGUUUUGGUCAGAAUCGCACAUAUAGAGCAAAAGUGCUGAGAAUAGAGCAAUGAUCUCAGCUAUGAAAUCUGAACUUUAUGCUGGUGGUGGCUGAGACGGAUUCUGGGUGGGUUCCCCCUUCUUGCCGUCCCUCCCUUUUCGUAUACACAGCCAGAGUAUUCAGAGAAGUAAUUUUGACUAUUUUCUACCUCCCUUGCCAUUCUAUGAGGUCAGUCUGGAAGCUUUUUACUUUUGAAAAAAUAUAGGUUGAUCUGAACUAUACAGAUGUUUUGUGGAAUCCGUUAAGCCCAACGCUUGGACUCUGUAGUGAAUCUUUCAGCGCUGAGGAUUUCAACUGUAUCAGUGGAUUGAAAAAAAGUCACAAUAUGCAAGAGCAAGAACCAUUUCAUUGGAUGGAAAAGUUUAUAGAAUCCAUCAUGUUUCCUCCAGCAUAUAGUAUGCCACACUUCAGAACCAAUUGUUAAAUACUAUGACAUGUCUCUAGCAAUCAGAAAAAGGAGCUGGGAGGAAUAUGUAACACAAUGGAUGGGCUUGCAUUUUGGAUCUCUUGAUUCUGAUAUAUUAUGCAAGCAUGGCUUAGUAGUUGACAACUUGCAAGCCGGAAUGGAAAAGAAUGAACUUUGGUGUGAAGAUCUGAAAGAAAAAAGUGCUUCCUUGCCAGAUUGCUGUCAUGUUGGAGAGUUGGUAGUCUUCCCCUCAAAACCUUUCAGAAACGUUUCCAAAGAAUUAGAUGAAAAUGAAAAUCAUCAAGAAGAAGAAGAAUUUCUCUCCCUGGAAGCUAGUGUGGAAACUUUAGUCAAUGUUUCUGUUGGAAGUGAUGAUGGCAAGGGUGGCAUCAAGAACACGGACCUCCCACUGGAGACCAUCAACUGCCAGUUUAUGCCUGUUGAAGUUAAAUUGUUAGCUGAAAAUAACAGUUUAGAGGAGCCUUCGGUGAAAAUCAUCUCAAGAGGAGAAGCAAAGGAAGAAUGCAAUCAUACCACUGAACCAACUGAAAAAAUGAGCACUUCUAAUUAUGAGAGAGCAACCAAAAACAAUAGUAGAGAAGAAGUUAUCAUACUUGGAUACAACUCUAAUGAAAGUGAAGAUGUCUCAAAAGAAAAAAACUGGAACCAUUCUGUGGAAAAAAGUAUGUUGGAGGAGCAGAUAGUUCAUGGAGCUACAGCUGUACAAUAUGAAAAACCAGAUGUUCUACAUGAGAAAAAUGACUGCACUUUAUUCUAUGAUAAAGAUAAAGAUUGUGGCAAUGAUGCAAACAUAGGAGAUUCUAAUAAUUCUCUUCCACACUCACCUGGUUCUCUCAUCUGGUCAAAGGAUAAUCAUGUGGAUGCGCAUAAUGUUACAAAUUCUCAGAAUGAAUGCAUUCUAAAUGCACCCUUGGUGUCAGAAGAAUCUGAUUUAAAGAAUAAAAUGGUCACAUCCCAAUCUACAGACUGUCAAGUCGUCCUGCGCAAAAAAAAGCUCUGUUUCUGCCUGAGGUACACACCUCCUCCCUUGGAUCCCAAAAACAAGGGGAAAGAUCCAUGAGUUAUCUGUCAACAUUAUGUUUAAACAGCUCUUAUAAUUAUUUCC